AAUUCCGUGGUUUGCUUGUGCAUGAAAUUCCUGAUCUUUUUUAUCCUUUCUUAUAUAAUCUGCAAGCUUCUAUAGCUUGUCCUCAACAUCUUCACAUGAUUUAUACCGCUUUCCUUAUUAUGGAACCUAAUUGUAUAUUUGGUUAUUACUUAUUAGAUCAGUGGAUUACACUUGUGAUGUAGAAAGAUGGAAUUGAAGUUAAAAUUUUCUAAAUGCAAUGUGUUUCAUUUGGCCGAUAUUUGUUUUUUAGAUAAUGGAAGCUUUAUUAAGACUCAGUUAAAUACACCAAGAUGAUACAUUCCAACUGAGUCCACCCCCGGCCUCUGCAUAGAAUGCACACAACCAAAAAACUGGACCUAAGAACACUUCCCCAUCACAAAACAUAGAAACUAGUGGCUAUCAAUCCGUAGACUAGAUCGCCACCCAUGCUCCUGGGUAAAAAACUCCUGUGCCACCUAAUCCAAACGUUGCGAUACCACCGCAAUAGUAUCCCGAAGUCCCUGUUUGUGGAGGAUGGCCCAGGAGCGUAGCCACCGGGUGACUAAAGUAGUAACCUGCAAAGGAGAAGACACCACCUUGUUAUCAAAAAUUACCUCGUUUCUGCUUAGCCAUAUGGACCAACAAAGAGAUGCUGCACCCAUCAAAAGCAGAUUUCUCAUGUCUUUAGGAACACAAGUAAGCCAACGCCCAAACAAGUGAGUAAUAUUUUGAGGAGGUUGUAUGUUCGAAGCCAUAUGAACAACAGACCAUACCAAGCGAGAAACACGACAUUGAAAAAACAAAUGUUGAAUGGUCUCUUCCUUGUGACAAAAGCCAUGUUGAAUGGCCGAUAUUUGUAGUUGCAGCUAAAAAUUUUUGAUGCUCAAUUUGUGGUUAAUAUUUUUUCAUGAGAAGUCACGUGUGACAAAAUUGUAACGAUGUGAUUUUCCAUUUAAGAAACUCAAUUUAUAAUACCACACACUCCUAGUUAGCAUAUUCCUUCCUGAGAAAAUAGCUAUCAUACAAAUCCAAGCGAAAUGAACCAAAUGCAUGAAAGCUAUAUCGGAACAUGUCACACAAUAGAUUCUUACUUAAUUUGUAAAUUAUAGUUUCUAGUUUUAAAUAGACUGUCAAAUGGAAGAUUCUCAGUUCAAUGAACAGGUCCAAGAAGCAAGCAGAAGUCCAUAGCGUACCUAGAAUAAAAUAUUCAUGUGCUUCAGUUUAAAAAUAUUUUCUAGAUGUACAAUAUAGUAUGUUUGCUUUUAUUUCCUUGUCCUGAUUUCUUAAGAAGGAUGUGGUGGGAGAAAUUAGCAAAAGCUGAUGUUACAUUUUGAUUUUUCCGUGAUGACAUUUGCACCGUAUUUUAGAAUAUUGCUAACACUGUGCCCAUUGGUAAUGAUUCUACUAGCAUCCUGCAAAAUCUUCAAGCUUAUCCUUUGGAUUCUUUUAAGGUUCAUUGACCUUUUUUUUCUUGAAUAUGCAAGAGAAAUACGUAUCAUUUCAUUAAGACAGGAAAAAAAAACGAGGAGGGAAGAAAAACCCUCCCUCACCCUACAAACAAACAGGACCUGAGGUUACAUAUGAAAAGGAACAAAAACAACCUUACCCAAACGGGGUUAGCGACCUACUAGGGAAAUAUGUGAGCUUAGAAGCUCCGGCCAUACACCAUAGGUCAUACUCAUUUGCCACCGUUUGGAUGACAGACAUUACAUUAGGAUUGACGCCGUUAAACAAACAGUCGUUCCUAUGCUUCCAGAUUUCCCAAGCCACCAAAAUGAUAACUGUAUUGAGCCCUUUUUUUUUGGAGUUUUGAUCAAUGCCUCUUACACUGCCUUAGGCCACCAACAGCAUAAGCAAGUAGAAUUUUGACUUGGAGAAAUGGAAAUCAGCCCCAACCUUUGGAGAAUUAGUGACCACACUUGUUGGGAAAAGACACAAGUAACUAGGAUGUGAUUAAUGGAUUCCUCAGCCUGGUCAGAAAGCAUACAAGUAGCAGGAUGUGGCAGUCCACGCUUGGCAAGGCGAUUAGCCGUCCAGCAAUGGUUAUUAAUUGGAAGACAUAGAAAAACUUGCACCACAAGGGCGCCUAGCUCUCCCAAAGUCUUCUGCAUAGUGAGAAUCUGAUUGUGCCAACAAAGGACUCAUAUGCUGGUUUGCACGUGUACGAUUCCGACUUUGUGAACUUCCAACGUUACCAUCCUGCAAGACCGCAUUGGCCACUCAGUACCAAACUUGCAAGUAUUCUAUAAUGACCUGGACAGUGAAAUGUUCAUUGACUUAUUUUACGCUUUCUUAUUAAAUGUUAUAACUCUGUGAGGGACAGUGAGAAAGGUGGUGCAAAAAAAGGAAAGAACACACAGAUGGAGCCCAUGUCAUGAUUAAGACAUCUUGUUUUUCAUAAAGACAAUCGGAAAUAGAAAUGAACGCUAGCUACGACAUACAAAUGAAAGACAAACAUGUCAUAGCAUGGUUAGCAAUCACAGUGAAUAUCUUUUAAAACUUUGUUUGAUGGUAUUCACUGAAAAAACUGUUCCGUAAACAAAAUGAAAAAUUGAGUUGUAACAACAUAUGCAAAUAAUUUUUCAAUCCACCGCUUAUUUUUAUUACCUUUUUACAAUUAAGUCAUUGACCACACUUUUAGUAAUACUAAGGACUGUUUUGGUUUGAUACCAAGACCCCUUCCAAUAUUUUGGCCACUUGAAUAGUAGUUGUGAUGCAUUUGGGUUGGAGCCAUAUUUUUGGCAAUGCCCAUGUCCAAAUUGGCAGCAGUCGAAAGCUGUCUUAACCUACAAAGAAUUGGCUCAUAAUUGGCAUCAAACCAAACCAAAUCAAUACAAUCCUAUGGACCCUACCAAAUAAUUGGUAGUACUGAAACUUGCCUAGGUUUCAGCACUACCAAAACAGUGUAGGGUAGUAAUCCAAAACAACUUUAAUCAACUAAUAGAGUUUGAUGGUAGUGGUAAAAGUGAUAGGAGCAUGAUUUUUUUUCUACUACUUUGAAGACACAGUUGCCUCCUCCACCCUAUGCAUGUAGUGCGAGAAAAUCCCAUAAACCCCUCAACACCUUAUUUGCCACUAUAUACUUCCCAUUUCUUGAACGUCAUUUGAGUGCAAAUUUUAUUUCUCUUGUGCCAUUUUCAUACAUAACCAGUUAAGUGAGUGCAAAAGCAGGAGCAUAAUAAGGAAUUGAAGGAACGCUCAGUGGCAUAGGAGGAAUUUUCUGCAGAAAAUGAAAUGGCAGAACCAAGAUUUCUUUGGAACGGUUACUUGUUGGAGCCUCUAAUUGAGAACAAACUGCACCAAUACUUACUACCAGUCAUUCAAGGAAGUUUUCAGAGUAUCCAUGCAGAAGUUGGGUCAGAGAAGGUAAAUGUGACCCUGAUUGCACGUCGGUGUACACGUAGGAUAGGUACCCGGAUGUGGAGGCGAGGAGCUGAUCCAGAGGGUUAUGCUGCAAAUUUUGUUGAAUCAGAGCAGAUAAUGCAAUCGAAAGAAUUUACAGCAUCAUAUGUGCAAGUUCGAGGUUCUAUGCCUUUUUUGUGGGAACAAAUUGUUGAUUUGACAUAUAAACCUAGUUUUGAUGUUGUCAGAGUAGAGGAGGCGCCUCGUGUACUUGAACGGCAUUUUCAUGAUUUACAAAAGAAAUAUGGAGCUGUCGUGGCUGUUGAUCUUGUCAAUACACAUGGUGGCGAAGGUCGCCUGUAUGAAAGAUAUGCAAAAUCAAUUGAGCCUAUCUUGAGUGAAGAUAUAAGAUUUGUGCAUUUUGACUUCCAUCAAAUCUGUGGUCAUAUUCACUUUGAACGCCUUUCUCAACUGUAUGAUCAAAUUGAGGAUUAUCUUAAGAAGCAUAGGUACUUCCUUUUAAAUAGUAAAGGUGAGAAAAUGGAAGAGCAGACCGGAACCGUUAGAACAAAUUGUGUCGAUUGUCUGGAUCGUACUAAUGUAACUCAGAGCAUGAUCGGGAGAAAAAUAUUGGAAAGCCAACUGCAAAAAAUCAGUGUUCUUGGUGACAACAAUACAAUCAGCGAUUAUCCGGCAUUUGAUGCAGAUUACAAAGUUUUGUGGGCCAACCAUGGCGAUGCAAUAAGCACUCAGUACUCUGGAACUCCUGCCUUGAAGGGAGACUUUGUGCGGUACGGAAAGCGAACUACACAGGGAAUUUUAAAUGAUCUGUGGAAUGCAAUGGCUAGAUAUUACCUGAACAACUUUGCAGAUGGUACUAAACAGGAUGCCAUGGAUCUUCUUCAAGGACAUCACAUAUCCUCAGUUAGUCGGGAUAUGCCAACUCCAACCAAAGGACUUAUAGAGAAUCACGCGUCCUUCCGCCUUGCUUUUGCUCUGCUUUUGGCUGCCGUGAUAUUCUUGAUAAUGUCACUGAGAAGAGCACGUAAUGAUGUUUUCCAUUUGGUGCUGUCACUACUAUGGUCUGGUUUUUGCUUUGGCAUCACGCGUUAUGUCAAAGCUAACGGACGGAAGUUCACGAACCGUCCUCGCUUUCACCUAUCGCGCCAUUGAUGCGAACAAAAGGGAUUAUAUACACACUCAUGGUCGACUCACCUUUCUGGGCAUGCAUGUGUGCUCUCAGUUUUGUAUCAAGUUUAACUUUCCCUCUUUGUAAGAUUUUGCACAUGUUCUGACCAUCACGGCUUUAUAUUUUCUUGUUGAAUGGGAACAUCAGGAAUUGAUUUGUUCUAUUGCAUUUAUUUAUUUAUUUAUUUAUUUAUAUAAACGUUUUGCAGAAAA